AUGGAGAAUAACUCUGAGAUUGUGUUUGUGCUUGAGGGUCUAAACGACUCUCUGACCAACCGUCAGAUCUACUUUGCCUUCGCCCUCAUGUCGUACCUCUUCACCAUCUUUGUGAACCUGAUGCUCAUCGUCACCAUCUGUCUGGAGAAAACGCUCCAUGAGCCCAUCUACAUCUUCCUGUGUAACCUGUGCUUUAAUGGGAUCUGCGGAGCAUCGAGUUUCUAUCCGAAGCUGCUUCAUGACCUUUUGGCCGACUCUCACGUCAUCACGUACAUCGGCUGUCUGACUCAGAUAUUUGUAGUUUACAGUUAUGUUUUCUGUGAGUUCACCAGUCUGACUGUCAUGGCGUACGACCGUUACCUGGCCAUCUGUAGGCCGCUGCAGUACCGGGCGCUGAUGACACCACAGAAGGUGGCGCAGCUGCUGCUGCUCACCUGGUGCUUCACGCUGCUGGAGACGGUGGUGGGCAUGUUCCUGACCGCCAGGCUGCCACUCUGCAGACAGCACGUUCGCAAGAUCUUCUGCACCAACUGGGAGGUGGUGAAGCUGUCGUGCUCUGACACGACCCUCAACAACAUCUACGGCUUCAUACUCAUGUUCUCGCACGUCUCGCAGACUGGACUCAUCCUGGUUUCCUACGGUCACCUGGUCCGGGCCUCGCUCCGGUCACGGUCUGACCGCAGGAAGUUCAUUCAGACGUGUCUGCCACACCUCAUCACGCUGCUCGUCUUCACCAUCUCGCUGAUGUUCGACGCCAUGUACUCUCGUUACGGCAGCAGCGGCUUGCUGCAGGCGCUGCAGAACACCCUGGCGGCAGAGUUCCUGGUGGUCCCGCCCCUCAUCAACCCCCUCAUCUAUGGCAUCAAACUGCAGCAGAUCAGGUCCAGAAUACUCCAGAACUUCACCCACAAACCAGACUUCCUAAAAACACGUUCAUGA